GAGGGUUUGGACUCACCAUGUUCAGAACUUGCUUGACAUGUGCCCUUGCUACGGCUGCCUGUCAGAAAGUGCUUUCCGUGGAAAGCCUCUUGGACUUCGAGCGGCAUGGCCACACCGUGACCCGUGGCUUGAUCUCACCUGAGGACUUCCAGUCACAAGUGCCGGUGCUCCAAAGAUAUGUCCGGGAGAAGGAAUCUGCAGCGGCAGCUCAUUCAGCCUUCAUCAUGUCGGCGCAAGGUAUGGCAGGCAUGGAGCCACCCUUCCUUCAGACCUUCAACCCUCACAGGCACUCCCCAGUCGCUUGGCAGUGGACUUUAGCCCUUCUCUCCGCUGCUUGCGCGCUGCUGGGUACAGAACGUUUGCGCUUGUAUCAGACCUCGCUCUUUUGGAAGCGCCGUGGUCAUGAUGCGACCGCCUGGCAUCAGGACCUGAUGACGGCGCCCAUCGCGACCAAUGACUUCAUCACCGCUUGGGUGCCGUUGCAUCGGGUAGGAUCCAUCGAGGAGAGCCCCUUGGUGUUCCAGUCGUGUACUCACAAGGAUCUCGCCGCCAAGGUCCAUCAUGAACAGCUGGAGGAGAUGGGCAUUGACCCUUUGAGCUGCCCGGGGCCAGAGGACUUCGGGGAGCAUCACGUGCCCUUAGAGGAGGGUGAUGUGACCUGGCACCAUGGCUGGGUUCAGCAUGGCGCACCUGCGCUCACCAAAGGUGUGAGCCGCAUGGCCUUCACCGCAUCGUACUUUGCAGAUGGUGCAUUGGUGAUGGCCCCCGCGGAGACCGAGGCCGAACAUCCGGAGCUGCCCCUGUUGGCUCCAGCUUGAUGCAGGACGGAUGGAAGCGAGCGAGGCCAGAACAAAGGCGAUGCCGAGAAAAUCGCCAGAGGGCUGCGCGAUCCGAACACCCGCGUCACCUCCGAUCAGAUCCAAUCAUGGCAUCCAG